GCACCUUGUUGAUGACAGUGCUUUUCUAGAUUAGCAAUAUGGCGGGUGCGAUGUUGUUUGAAAGAGUGCAAUCUGUCUCCAGUUCAAAUCGUGAACAAUUUUUGAAAAUAAAUCGUAAUGGAGAACAGCACAACAAUGAUGAAGAAAAUAUCAGAUCUAAAGAACAGGAUAUUCUUAACCUCGGUGAACAAUAUAAGAGGGAAGGAAAGGCUAAGGAACUCGCUGAACUGAUAAAAGCAACAAGGCCCUUUCUUAGUGAAAUAAGCAAAGCAAAGGCAGCAAAAUUGGUACGAUCUCUUGUUGAUUUCUUUCUCGAUCUCGAAGCAGGCAUCGGUAUCGAAGUUCAACUAUGCAAAGAAUGUAUCGAGUGGGCAAAAGAAGAACGCAGAACUUUCUUGAGACAAAGUUUGGAAGCUCGUUUGGUUGCGUUAUAUUUCGAUACUGGGAUGUUUCCAGAAGCGCUUGCUCUUGGGUCAACUUUACUCAAAGAACUCAAAAAGCUUGAUGACAAAAAUCUUCUAGUGGAAGUUCAACUUCUUGAAAGCAAGACCUACCAUGCUUUGAGCAAUCUUCCAAAAGCAAGAGCAGCUCUCACUUCAGCUCGAACAACAGCUAAUUCAAUAUACUGCCCUCCGAAAUUGCAGGCUGCUCUUGACUUACAAUCAGGUAUUUUGCAUGCAGCAGAUGAAAAAGACUUCAAAACAGCAUAUUCUUAUUUUUAUGAAGCCUUUGAAGGUUUUGAUAGUGUAGAAUCACCAAAAGCUCUAGUAGCUUUGAAGUAUAUGCUUCUAUCCAAAAUAAUGUUGAAUCAUCCAGAAGAAGUACAACAAAUUGUUAGUGGAAAGCUGGCAAUAAAAUAUGCUGGAAAAGAUAUUGAUGCUAUGAAAUCUGUUGCUCAGGCAUCACAUAAAAGGUCAUUGGCUGAUUUUCAAGUCACUGUCAAAGAAUUUAAGCAUGAGCUUGAAGAUGAUGUUAUUGUGAGAGCUCAUCUUGGAACAUUAUAUGAUAAUAUGCUGGAGCAAAAUUUAUGUAGAAUCAUAGAACCUUACUCAAGAGUUGAAGUUGAAUAUAUUGCUAAAACUAUUAAGCUUCCUGUUGCACAAGUUGAGAAAAAGUUAUCACAGAUGAUUUUGGAUGUAAAAUUUCAUGGAAUACUAGAUCAAGGAGAAGGAGUGCUGAUAGUAUUCGAAGAGACCCCAAUAGACAAGACAUACGAAAUGGCUUUAGAAACAAUUCAAAGUAUGAGUAAAGUAGUAGAUACUCUCUAUCAAAAAGCUAAGAAAUUGUCGUAGGCUAAAGAUGAAAGAAAACAUGUGCAAACAGACUGUAUUUUGCCUCAUAUUGAAUUAUACAUUUCUCUAACAGUUUUCCCCAAUCAAUUCUAACAGUAACAGUUCAAAUGUAACCUGUUUUUGUAAAUAAUUAAUAACUAAGUUUUUUCGAUCAAAAUUCUGAAAUUAUUUGUGAACUAUGUAUUAUGAACAGAGUUUUGAUUUUUUGAAUUAAAAUCCUGUUUCCUA